CACUUCCUCAGUUCUUUCUUCUUCCUUCAAACUCUCACCCCUUUGCGAAUUUCUUCAUAAGAAAAAGAAAAAUGGAAAAGUUGAGAUGUUGUGGCAACUUCCUUGAGAGUUCCAAACCUUAUUUUGCAAUGAUUUCACUUCAAUUUGGGUAUGCUGGCAUGAAUAUCAUCACCAAAGUUUCACUCAACAGAGGCAUGAGUCACUAUGUUCUUGUUGUCUACCGCCAUGCUUUUGCCACUGCUGUCAUUGCUCCCUUUGCUUUCAUCUUCGAAAGGAAAGGGCAACCAAAGAUAACCUUCUCAGUUUUCAUGCAGAUAUUCAUCUUGGCUCUUCUGGGGCCAGUGAUUGAUCAGAAUUUCUACUAUGCUGGGCUGAAAUACACAUCUCCAACUUUUUCAUGCGCCAUGAGCAAUAUGUUGCCUGCAAUGACAUUUGUCAUGGCUGUCAUGUGCAGGAUGGAGAAGAUUGAUAUUAAGAAAGUGAGAUGUCAAGCCAAGAUAGUGGGAACAAUGGUGACAGUGGCAGGGGCAAUGUUGAUGACAUUAUAUAAAGGACCCAUUGUUGAAUUGUUUUGGAGUAAGAAUAUUCAUCCUCAACAAUCUUAUGCCAAUAAUACAACUGGAAAUUCUGACAAAGAUUGGGCCAAAGGCUCCAUUUUCCUUAUCUUAGCCACCUUUGCUUGGGCUUCCCUCUUUGUGUUACAGGCAAAAGCAUUGAAGACAUACAAGAAUCAUCAGCUUUCGCUAACAUCAUUAGUGUGUUUUGUGGGGACAUUACAAGCCAUUGUUGUUACAUUUGUGAUGGAGCAUAAGGCUUCAGCUUGGCAAAUUGGUUGGGACAUGAACCUUCUUGCGGCUGCCUAUGCUGGAAUUGUGACAUCAAGCAUAUCAUAUUAUGUACAAGGGAUGGUGAUAAAGAAAAGGGGUCCAGUUUUUGCCACUGCUUUCAGUCCUCUGAUGAUGAUCAUUGUUGCAAUCAUGGGCUCUUUCAUCUUGGCUGAGAAGAUUUUUCUUGGAGGGGUGGUUGGUUCCAUUUUGAUAGUGAUGGGGCUUUAUUCUGUCCUGUGGGGAAAACACAAAGAGAAAGAUAGUGGAAUGGAGAUAGAAGAUGAGCCAAUCAAAGCUAUCCAAGCAAUUGGAGAUAUUGAAGCCAACCAAGUGCUGGAAUUGCCCAAGAAUGAAGCUAAUAAUAAUAAGCUCUCAAGUGUUGUCUUAACCAUGGAAAUGCCUGAAUCCCCCAUUAAACCCAGCAAUGACAACAAAUAGUUCAAGUUUAGUUUAGAAUUUGGAAAUUUAUGGGGUGUUUUUUUUAUUAACACUUUUUGGUCCUUAUUUCUAUCACU